ACGGCGCACAUAGAUAGGGGUAUUAUACCUAAAAAACUGGCCAGAAGUCAAUUUCACUAACUUCAUGACACAGGUAGCCUUUGUUCUGGAUUAAGAAAAGGAUAACCUUACUUAUACAAUGUACGACGUCAAUUUAGCGAUCAAUUUGUAAAGAAACGUAAAUUAGCUAAUAUCCGAAGUAAUCUACACAAAAUCAAAGAACUCUUUCGCUAGAGUACGAUGUUCCUAAUCGAGUACUCCUAACCCACAUCGAUAGUGCGGUCACGGGUCAAAUGGCCAAACAAACCACUCAGUACAAUUUCACGUUUGGCACGAACAUGGUGUUUGUGAUAUUUAUAAUUUUAACUUUACUGUCAAAACGGCACGUGAUAUGUAGCGCUGAAGGUGGAAAAGGUAGUUUGGUGUUUGUUUUUGAUACGACGUGGUCGAUGUCAAACGAUUUGAGGCAGUUGAAAAAUGGCGCCGAAAUGAUACUGAAGACUGCUUUGGAGGAAAGCGACGUUAUAGCCGACUUUGUUUUUGUGCCGUUCCACGACCCAGCUGUGGGACCACCAACGGUAACAAAAGACAAAGAGGUCCUGAAGGCGGCUUUACAGGAGAUCCAGGUGUACGGGGGUGGCGAUUGUCCGGAAAUGUCUUUGGGUGGUAUUCAAAUGGCUCUAAACGUCAGCCGGCCGCAGUCCUAUAUAUAUGUGUUUACUGAUGCAACAGCGUUUGAUCAUCAUUUGAUAGGACAGGUCUUGGAUGCAGUGCAGAGGAAGCAAAGCCAGGUUGUUUUUGUACUAACAGGACAUUGCAAUGAUCUCCAAAAGCCGACAUACAAAGUGUACCAACAAAUAGCAGCAGCUAGCGCGGGACAAGUAUUUACUUUGAACAAGACCAAUGUUCAUAAGGUCUUGGAUUUCGUCCGAAGCUCUAUAAUAGGCCGAUCAGUAAAUCUUGUUUCAACUGUGAAUCUUCCUGGAUACAAUCACACACAAAAGAUUCCGAUCGACAGCUCAGUGAAUGAAGUGACCGUUUCCGUGUCGGGCGCCAAACCCCAGAUACGAGUGGUGAAUCCUAGCGGCAAAGAGUUGACUGGGCCACCACAGUUAGUCGCCACGCUUGAUCUUUCAGAAAUUUUGAUCGUAAAGGUUGUAGAGCCCGAGCCGGGUAACUGGAGCAUAACGGUAGGCAGUUCUGCUGAACAUUCUGUCAAGGUUGUGGGACUGUCCAACUUGACAUUCAGUCACGGCUUCUCAGUGCUGCCUCCCUCAUCCAUGGCGGAAACCAGCUAUCGACCUUUACAGGAACAUGGUGGCCCAUGAGGGGAGAACAAAGAAGAAUCCGCGACAUAAUUACAAUUAAUACGUAAAUACGACGAGACACCGGUCUAACUAACGUUAUUCAACAUCACAUCAAAUCAUUCCUGUGGAUGGAGCCUUGCAGUGGAUAUUUCUAAAAUCAAAAAGCAGAAAAACAAAGAAGAUUCGAGCAGUGAAUCAGCUAAAGUUUCACAUCGAGCAGUUACGAGUUCGUCCGCUAAGAUGAGUGUCCUUCCUUAACUAAUACCUAAAAAACCUAAUAACUAACAAAAUAAUAUCAAAAUCGUUCGUCAUUUGUGUAAAUUAAGUGUUUUUAGACAAGUUUUACAGCGUUUUAUGCACGUAAAUUUGUUAUUUAGAGCAAAAUUGCAUCAUCUUUUUUUACCUACCCGUAUGUAUAAAAAAGUGAACAAUGGAAUGAACUUUUAGCUAUUUAUUGCAAUAUUAUAUAAAUUAAUACAUAAAUCAUUCAAUUGUAUGUUCACUAUUCCAUAAAAUAGGUCAAUGGAAGUUGUUCGAAAUACAUAAUUUCAAUUUAAUAAUUUUUGAUGAGGGUGAUCCCAAAUAUUUUUUC